AUGGGUGAUUUUAAUGAAAUUGCUUAUCCAGAUGAGAAGAAAGGAGGUGCCCCAGUAGAUGUUAAAAAAUGUCAAAUUUUUAACAGUUGGAUCAAUGAUUGUAACCUCCUAGAAGUCACCACCGCAGGAACGCGCUUUACUUGGAGAGGUCCUAAGUGGAAUGGAAGGGAUAUGGUUUUCAAGAAACUAGACCGUGUCCUAUGUAAUGUUGAUUGGAGAAUUAAAUACCAUGAAGGGUUUGCUAAGGUCCUUCCAAGGGUUCAAUCUGAUCAUCAUCCUAUUAUUGUGUCACUAGAGGGGCAUGCCACUUCAAGCAGAAACCGUCCUUUUCGUUUUGAGGCAGCAUGCAAUUCUCAUGUUGAUUUUAAAGACUUUCUGAAUUCCAACUGGGAGAAGGACACAAAUAUCGUUCAAAGUCUUCACAAUCUUACAAUUCAACUCAAAAAGUGGAAUAAAGAUAUCUUUGGGGACAUAUUUAAAAGAAAGAAGGAGAUUUUGGAUAGACUUAAUGGAAGAGUGCUUCUGGUUUCAAAAAUCUAG